AUGUGCAUCGUUCUUCUCACCACCGCCCACCCGGACUACGCGGUCAUCGUCGUCGACAACCGCGAUGAGUUCAUUCUCCGCCCUACCUCCCGACCGCACUGGUGGUCUCACCCGUCCGGCGCUUCCGUUCUCUCCGCCCGAGAUCUCCAGAGGGAAGAGAAGGGCACCUGGCUCGGCAUCACCAAGACAGGCCAACUCGCCGUUCUUACCAAUUACCGAGAGACAGACCCAGGUGAUGCAAGCCACCCUAUUCACGCGGCCCGCAGCCGUGGCGGUAUGGUUACCGCUUGGCUCGGCUCCGACCCCACAGAGUCUGCCUCUGAGACAGUCAACCAUCUGGUCAAGGACGGCGGCGUCAAGGGUGUGGGCGGCUUCUCCAUGGUGGCUGGCAAGUUAAGACGUAAACGCGGCAACGACGAGAAGCCGGUGAACGCACUCGAGGGCAUCGCCAUCGUCUCUAACCGUUGUGACAACCUCCAGGAUGUGCCGUGGAUUGCCGAAGAGAGAGAUCAAGUGUACGGCCUCAGCAACACCGUUUAUAACGACCCUAAGCAGUGGCCUAAGGUCGAAAACGGAAAGCGGCUCAUCAAAGAGGCAAUUGAAGAUGCUGUAUCCAAGAACCUGGACGAAGAUGCCCUCGUCGACCAGCUCUUUGCCGUUCUCGACACGGACACACUACCCAAGCACCCCGACAUGAGCCUGGCGGACUAUAUCAAGGAAUUAAAACAAUCCAUCUUCAUCCCAGCCAUCGGUGACGAAGUCCACCGAAAAGCGAUGCAGGACGCAGUUGCUAAGGGGCGGGGUAACUUUGCUACCGACGAUCAGAAGGCUGCCGAGAGCCUCCAGUUGGGAGAGCGACCUGAUCCGCCGGCUCAAGCCAACUUGGGAUUCGAAGUAGGCUUAUACGGCACGCAACGACAGACUAUCAUCAUGGUAGAUUGGGACGGCAACGUUUCAUACCGAGAAAGGGCGUUGUGGGAUGGAAACGGUAACGCGAUUGAGAGGGGGAAGGGUGACGAGGUGUUCCGGUUCAAGAUUGAGGGAUGGGAGAACUAA